AAGAACACCCACACACCCACACACACACACACAAUCCAUAUAGACAACCAGCAUGAGCACGCUGCAAUCGAUGACGGUGUCACGGUUCAACGGACCGUCGUUUGUCGGUGUCCGACCGUAGAUACAGGGUUUGAAUAGUGCGUGUGUGUCAAAUUGGUUUCUGUUUUUUUAAAGAUUUUUUUGUUGCUCUGGCUCGUUGGGCGGUGACAGAAGCUUUGCGGAAGUGCUGCUCCACAGAAGUCAUAUGACCGCGACGCAGCAGACGGAGAAGAUGGUGCCGAAUUCUGGAUAAAACCCUCCGGACACGGCGACUCUCAACCACAAACCGCACGAUGGAGGAGAUUAAAGUGUCUCCUGACUAUAACUGGUUCAGAAGCACCGUGCCCCUGAAGAGAAUCAUUGUCGACGAUGACGACAGUAAGGUGUGGUCGCUGUAUGACGCAGGGCCAAAGAGCAUCAGGUGUCCCAUUAUCUUCCUCCCCCCCGUCAGUGGGACAGCCGAGGUGUUCUUCCAGCAGUUGCUGGCCCUGACGGGCUGGGGCUACAGGGUCAUCUCGCUGCAGUAUCCCGUUUACUGGGAUCUCUCAGAGUUCUGUGAUGGCUUCAGAAAGCUUCUGGAUCACCUUCAACUAGACAAAGUCCAUUUGUUUGGGGCGUCUCUGGGAGGUUUCUUGGCUCAGAAGUUUGCAGAGUGCACACACAAGUCACCCCGGGUGCACUCGCUGAUCCUGUGCAAUUCAUUCAGCGACACCUCCAUCUUUAACCAGACAUGGACAUCCAACAGCUUCUGGUUGAUGCCAGCUUUCAUGUUGAAGAAGAUCGUUCUAGGGAAUUUUGCAAAAGGACCUGUGGACCCCAAAAUGGCAGAUGCAAUUGACUUCAUGGUUGACAGGUUGGAGAGUCUGAACCAAAGUGAGUUAGCAUCACGGCUAACACUGAACUGUCAGAACUCCUAUGUGGAGCCUCACAAAAUAAAAGAAGUUGCGGUCACCAUUAUAGAUGUGUUUGAUCAGAGUGCUCUGUCUCUGGAGGCCAAGGAGGAGAUGUAUAAACUGUAUCCCAAUGCCAGACGAGCUCAUCUGAAAACUGGAGGAAACUUCCCUUACCUGUGUAGGAGCGCCGAGGUCAACCUCUACAUACAGAUUCACCUGCGUCAGUUCCACGGGACACGAUACGCUGCCAUCAGUCCUGACAUGGUGAGCAACGAGGAGCUGGAGGUGCAGGAGAGUCACCUUAGUGGUGACUGUGACUCCGACGGAGAUCAAUGAGACGUUUUUUACCUGACGGAUGUUUCCUCUGAACAUUUCCAACCAAUUCUGUCUGGUGUCAGACGAUUGUUGUCCAGAUAUUUCUAUGGAGCUCAACAGUUGAUCAGCAAGUCAACUGAGAAUAUUUUUAUAUCGAACAUAAAGGAUCCUCAGCUGCUUUGCUUUCAACACACACAUCACCUUGCCUUAUGUGAAAUGACGCGUGUUACACUCAUGAAGUGUGUAAGAUACAUAAUGUGGUUGGGAGUGAAUUGGUUUCCUGUUAACAGAAAGAUGAACACACUGGUUAAGUGCUAUCAUAGUUAUGGAGAGAUGUUUAUCUUAAAAGUCUUUGUGUAAUUCAUUGAUUUUUUUUUUUGUCCAUGUGUUUUGCACCUUUACAGUAACAAAACUGAUUACUCGUUAUUUCCACAGUGGGAUAAGGUGACUGUGUACACUGUGUUAAAGCUUUCCAUAGAUUUUUCUUCAUACAUGUUAAUCUGUUGAGCUGCUAAAGCUUCAGCCACUAAAACACAACUUUAAACUGAUUAUUUUUUGGUAAGUUUGUGCACCUGUAAAAUGAUGAGUUUUAUUUUCAUGCUUCGAACACUUUGAUUAUCAAUGUAAAAUAAAUGCUGUCCAUUUUUUAUAAGGAA